CAUGCCGUGAUCGCGCUGGUGAUCGCGCUGGUGCGGUUGGUGGCAGGGGAGCUGGCGAGCCACGGCGUGCGGGUGAACUCCAUCUCGCCCUACGGCAUGGCGACGCCGUUAGGGAUGAGCGCCGUGGCGCAGAUGUUCCCUGGCCUGGGGGAGGAGGAGCGGAGGCGCCUGCUCGAGGAGGGCCUGAGCGAGCUACGCGGCGCGGUGCUGGAGCCGGAGGACGUGGCGAGGGCGGCCGUGUACCUGGCUUCCGACGAGGCCAAGUACGUGAGCGGGCACAACCUUGUGGUGGACGGCUCGUACACCGCGACGAAGCGGCCGAGUGGUUUGCCGGCCUGACCACCAGUCCACCACGCCGUCAACAAGCUCCGGUGUACUCUGCAAUAAGAGACUAAUCACCAGUAAAGAUUGCCUUGUCCACAAAUAAGCGAGCGAGCGUUGUGCAACCUGCAACACCGUUACUCGAAAAAAGACAUACAACACUGUCGAUGCCAACCCUCAUCUCAUUUCAUCUCGGCAUCAAUUACUCUAUACUAAAGUACAUGGGAUCCUUGAAUUCUCAGGGCCCGUAGCACUGUA